AUGUCAAGUAAUUCAAGUUCACCUUGUUCGAAAAAGUCAAAAGCAAAGGGAAGACAACCCGAUCUUCGUGAAUUAUUGUUUAAAAGAAUGAUAUCCCAACAAACAUCUAACGAAGGCAAUGAAUCUUCCCCCUUAAGUUCCCCUCUAAGUCCUCCUUUAAGUUCCCCUCCAAGUGAAGAUGUUAAUAUGGAAGUAGGUGGUUCAAGUAGUUGUGAUGAACCAUUGGAUGAUGAAUGGGUGUAUGAUGUUGAACUUCUUCCUCAUGACCCGGGAUUGAGGAAAAACAUAAUGGAUUAUCCCCCUAAUGAAAGAAAUCCGAGGCUUGAGAAGCAUGUUGGAGGAAUUAAAAGUGCUCAUAAUAUUGCUUAUGAGAAAUAUGUGAAUCUAAGAGAUGCAAAGAAGACAUCAAUUGAAUUUGUAUUUGAUAAUGCGAGUGAGGUUCAAAUGAAUGAAUAUCAUAUUCGUUUGAAUGCAUCCUUAACUUGUUUGAGAUUUCUUUUAGGCCAAGGUUUGGCAUUCCCGGGACAUGAUGAAAGUGAGGAGUCAUAUAGUAGAGGUAACUUUCUUGAGCUUUUGAAGUGGUUGGGGGGGAAGGUUGAGGAAAUAAGAAAAUAUACUUUCCAAAAUGCACCCAAAAAUUGUCAAUUAACAUCUCCCAAAAUUCAAAAAGACAUUAUCACUUGUUGUGCAAAAGAGACUACUAAGCGCAUAAUAGAAGAGGUUGGUGAUGGUUACUUUUCUAUUUUGGCCGAUGAAUCAAGUGAUGUGUCUCAAAAAGAACAACUAGCUCUUAUUUUGCGGUUUGUUAAUAGAGAAAAUGGAUCGGUAGUGGAACGCUUUUUAGGCAUUCUACAUGUGGGUGAUACUACCGCUUUGUCUCUUAAAAAUGCCAUUAUGUCCUUGCUUAUGGAACAUUCAUUAAGUCCUUCCAUGAUAAGAGGUCAAGGGUAUGAUGGGGCAAGUAACAUGAGGGGUGAAAUCAAUGGCCUCAAGACUUUGAUUAUGAAUGAUACUCCAAGAGCCUAUUACAUUCAUUGUUUUGCUCAUCAACUUCAACUAACUCUAGUUGCGGUUGCUAUAAAGAAUGUUAAUUGUACUUGGAUUUUUGACGUACUUGCAAACUUGUUAAAUGUGGUGGGAGCUUCUUGUAAGAGAAGAGACCUUAUUCGAAAAAACCAAGCUCAAGUAGUGGCUCAAGCUUUGGAAGUGGGGGAAAUUGAAAGUGGAUCGGGUUUGAAUCAAGAACGUCGUUUGAGUAGGCCGGGAGAUACACGUUGGGGAUCUCAUUACAAGUGUCUAAUAAGUAUCAUCAACUUGUUUCCUUCAAUUGUUAAAGUGCUUGAGGAGAUUGGAGAAAAUGGCUCUCCGGAUGAUAAGCUCAAAGCUCAAAUGAGGGAUCAAGGAUGGGAUAGUCUCUUAGACAAAGUCAUUUUAUUUUUUACUAAACACGAGAUUGAUGUUCCAUCUAUGGAUGCUCAAUAUGUACCUCAAGGAAGAUCAAGACGUUUUGCUAAACAAGCAACAAAUCUACAUCAUUUUCGGGUUGCAAUCUUUUUGGAAGUAAUUGAUUUGCAUCUUCAAGAGAUUGAUAACCAUUUUAAUGAGAAGAACAUGGAGUUACUUACAUGCAUGGCUUCCCUGAGUCCUAGAGGUAACUUUUCAUCUUUUGAUAAAGAGAGGAUACUUAAACUUGCUUCUUUAUAUCCCGAAGAGUUUUCAUGCUAUGAUUUAACGGCUCUUGAUCUUCAACUUAAUGUCUUCUUGGAUUCUAUGCAAAAUGAUGAAAGAUUUCAUGAUUUGCAAAAUAUCAAUUCUCUUUCCAUGAUGCUUGUACCCAAUUUGUGA